CCCUAGGUGGAUUGGGCCUCUUUUUUUUUUUUUUUUUUGAGUCCAAUUGGUUAUAAAUCUUAUUUUGUAAUUCCCGAAACUAAUUUUCGAAAUUUCAAUUUUGCCCUUGGCCUUCCUCAAUAUUUCCGCAUCAAUAUUUUUCACAAACAAAACAUAUAUAUUGAAUAAAAUCAAAUAUGGCCUUAUUGCUUACAAAGCAAAUUUAUUUCGAAUUUUCCGAAUAUGCAAAAAUACGGGGUAUAACAAUUUAAUUACCGUAUUCCAUCAUAAUAUUUGGGCAUGUAUUUGAAGGGUACCUCCUGUAUACCUAUCAAAAAUGGCACCUUCAAAAUGGCCUGGUGCAUUCAACACAAGCUUCCAAUUCUUCAUAGGCCUUGACGUUGUUACUGCAAAUUGCAUAAAUUAUGGCACCUCUAAACUCACCUGGGGAUGGCGCCUUUCCCUCGGCCUAGCCAUAGUUCUAGCUGCAACAAUGACCAUAGGUGCACUUCUCAUUCUUUUUUUUUUCUUUUUUCUUUUUUUUAAAUAUAAUGGUGGUGUCAAGGUCAAUUUGCGAACACCUCAACUAUUUUCUCAAGUACCUGCUACUCCCUCUAGCAUAAAUAUUGGGUAUUUCUGCCCAUUAAAAUUUAGUCAUAUGAAAAGAAAUCGCCUAUCCCUUAUUACGGGACCUUUACUUUUGAGUAGCAAAUGCUUCAAUUUCCUUGCCCUUGAGCCAGGCCUGCAUUUUAUAUCUUUGACAAGAUUUGAACCAUUAUCUUCCAUAAUUUAUAUCUCAUUUUAUUACCACAACUUGGACACAGGUGCACUUCUCAUUUCCGAUACACCUAGCAGCCUAUUUGAGCGAGGAAAAUUGGAGCAGGCAAAGCAAUCGGUUCGUGGAACCACUAGCAACACCGAAAUCGAAGCAGAGUUAGCUGAUCUUAUUAAGUCUUGUGAAAUUACAAGAGCUUCUAAGUUAGAGCCUUUUUGUGACAAUCUUUAAGAGACAACACCGGCCUCAUUUGGUCAUGUCCAUUGCCAUACCAUUUUUCCAGCAAACGAGUGGUAUUAAUAUCAUUGCAUUCUAUGCACCUGUGCUUUUUCGAUCAGUAGGUUUAGGAAAUAAAUCGGCUCUACUGAGUGUUGUGAUUCUUGGAGUAGUCAAUCUUGGUUCAAUCCUUGUGUCUUCUAGUAUUGUUGAUCGGUUUGGUCGGAAAUUUCUCUUCAUACAGGGCAGAGUACAAAUGCUCAUCUGCCAGGUGCAUGCUCU